GUGAUGACGUAUAAUUUCAGCGCCACUUUGAGACUACAGAGCACAGUAGUUACUGUAAAGCAGCGUCCGUGGCUGGAGCAGACAAAGUCUGUUCAGUGUGAAUCAGAGCUGAGAUGACCGCAGACAUCCUGUCAGCCAUCAACACCCUGAGCAGACCUCUGAGCGAGGCUGUGGACAAUGCUCAGUCCUCACACCAGCAGGCUGUCCUGGCAGGGCUGCGGUCCAACAGAGUCCUCCUCCUGGACCAGCUUCAGACUGACAGCAGCUUCCAGGAGGUGAGGAGGCUGAGGGACGAGGUGAUGACAGCAGCUGAAUGGUUCUCCGGUGAUACAGAAGAUACUGCAUGGGGUUUUGUCCAGGAGUGUCUCCUGCUGCUCCUCACCUUAGCUCGACACCUUUCUAUUGAACUUGAAGUUUUCAGGCAGAGCCGUGCUCCCUCUGCAGCUAAACUCCACACCCCAGAGAUGGCUCCACCUUUACCUCCUGACAUUCUCAGUGUCACCCAGCAGAGGACGCUUCGAGCGGCUCUUCAGUCUGUUGUCUCUCUGGGGCUCUGCCCCUACCUGGCCCCUGGAGUGGGGGUGCCGCUGGGUCGCAGGUCAGCUUUCGGGGCCAUGGUGGAAAAACUGGUUCGUGGUGGAGCAGUGUCAGCAGGGCGAUGCCGCCUUCUUAUCACCACAAACGUCCUGUUGCAGUUGACAGAGCUGUCGUCUCUCGCUACAUUGGUGUUCACGCAACAUCUGGGGGAUGUAAUGGCUGCACUGUGCCAGCUUGGCUACCAGCCACACCGGGCCGAGAGAGGGGGCUCAGAGGAAGAGGAGACACAGGAACUCUGUGCUGAGGAACGUCAAAGCUGCAGAGAGGCUCUAAGAGGCCUUCUGGGAAAAGUCUACCAGCCCAUCAUCAUCAAGGAGCUACUGAUCCUCCAAGGUGGAUCCAAACAGUCUGGUGCAGUGGGAAGCAGCAGGGCAGCUCUGGGAUCAGCUCCAGCCUGGCUUAGGCGUCUGUGUGGUCAGCUGCUGUCUGAGCGCCUGAUGCAGCCCAGUGGUGUCCAGGCUGUAGUCAGAGCCAUCCUGGAGGGAGGGACAGGCGGAGAGUCAGACUGGAGGAAAUGUGAUGCUGUUGCCAGGAUCCUGGUGGCCUGCCCUCAACAGUCUGCCUCAGCUGACAGCUACUACAGACAAGUGUGUCCUCAGAUCCUUGACCUCCUGCACUUCAGAGACAAGCUGACAGCCCAACAGUUUCAGCGUGUGGCCACCAGGGCAGUGCUCUCCAUGGUGCAGGAGAAGCCCAGCUUUGCACAUCAGUACCUGCUCACUCCUCUGCUCGCACCCCUCAGCUGUUGCACCACUGUUUCAGACCACACUGCUGUGGAGGAGUGGGAGCUGACACAAUGUGUGGAGGAUGUGUACAAGGUCUGGGUGGUUGGAAACAGCCCAUCAGCGCCUCUGCUCAAAGCUCUAGAGGAAGUUCUUCCUGUUAUUUUCACACUCUUCUGUUUCACCAAGCAGAAUGUCUCCCACCUACGUGCUCCCUGUCAGGACACCUUGUUGUGGUACCUGAGCCACACUGACACGUGUGUAGGCCUGUCAGUACUGAGGCAGCUUUCAGGUCUGCAGGGACAGAGGAUCGACGCAGCAGACUUCCACUUCAGCCCAGGCAGUGAUGGAGGAGCUAGAUUCAUCUCCAAAGAGAGCUCCAGUGAUGAUGAUGCUUUGUAUGAGAAGCUGUCAGAGGAGCAGUGGAGGCUGGAGUGUCUGAUGCAGCUUCUGGUCGAGCUCAAAGACUCUGACCUGCCUGGAGACUUCUUCCUAGACCUGUUGCGGGAGCUGACCAGCUGGGCAGCUGCAGCAGAUGAAGUGAAGACAGAAGAAGAGGAGUUGGAUGUGUCGACCAUGACACUUCUGGAGGUGGAGCAGCAGCUGCUGGGUGGAGCUGAGAGGCAAGGCCAAAGAUUGGUUUUACUUCAGGUGCUGGCUGUGAUGGUGGAGUCUCUGCAGCAUACAGUGCUGCUGAGAAAAAACACACAGGUGGUGGACUUCAUAGUGUCCCUGAUUCAGAGAGCCUGUGUGGGUCUGGAUCAGGUCACUGACCCAGGUCUUGUGAACCCAGUAGAGAGCCAAACACUGAGUAUGGCCAUGGGCCUGGUGGCCACUCUGCUGUCUGGACCUCAGCUCGGUGCAGAAGACUACUCCUCUAUGUCGAGGCUGCUUCCACCACUGGAGACACUGUCUCAGAGGCACUCGGAUGUGGUCAUCCAGGAGCUGGCAUCCAACCUCAGAACUGUCAUUGCCACUCACGGUGCCUACUGGCCUGAAAACCUUACUGCUGCUGCUCAGCCCUCCAGAAACCCUGAGACAGCAGCAAAGACCAGCAGUGUGCCUUCGAGCAAAAAGCAAAAGAUGCAAACCGCAGCAUACAACUCACAGACUGGACCACAUUCAUCUCCCCCGGAUUCUAACUCACCCAGCAACACCCGCGUCAGACACCAGGUGUCCUCUGUACCAGCAGCAGCAAGAAUAACUGCACAAGGUGGAGGGAGGAACCAUGGCAAAACUGCCCUUUGCUCGUCUACCAAGCCCCUUUCUGAUUGGCUGCUUAAGGCAUGUGACCCGGAUGUGCCCACCAGAGCCUUCGCCCUGAGGGUUUUGACUCAGAUGAUGCAAGAUCAGAACCCUGAGGCGGUCCAGGCCCAGGAUAAAGUGCUCACGCUCUUUUUAGAAAACCUGGAGCAUGAAGACUCAUUCAUCUAUCUGUCAGCCAUUCAAGGUCUGGCUGCUCUGGCUGAUUCCUACCCUGAGAGGAUCUUGGGAAGGCUCCUGCAAGACUUUCAACAUGGUCCCUCCCUGCCUACAUCCAACAAAGAGCACUCCCUGGAGACCCGCCUCAAAGUGGGGGAGGUCCUGAUGAGGGCGAGCAGGGCCAUGGGGGAACUGGCGCCCCACCUCGGCCGUUCUUUGGUAGGUGUCUUCCUGCAAGGAACAAGGGAUCCGGACCAAAGCGUCCGGGCCAGCAGUCUGUCUAACCUGGGAGAGCUAUGUCAGAAACUGGACUAUUCCUUAGGACCAUUGGCUCAAGAGCUGAACUCCUGUUUGACUGCUCUGAUAAAGACAGAGAGGGAGGCAGAGGUGAGGAGAGCUGCUGUCCAUGUUAUUGUCCUGCUGCUUCGAGGCCUCAGCAACAAAACCACCCAGGUCCUCAGUGAUGUUUUGUUGGAUCUGUACCGAGCUCUGAAGUGGGUGGUGCGCUCAGACCCGGAUGACGUUGCAGUGCUGCACGCCCAGCUGGCUCUGGAGGAGCUUGAUGACGUAAUGAGGAGGUUCAUCUUCCCUGAGCAGAAGCUGGAGAAGAAGAUUGUUGUUUUACCGUAGAACUCACCGCAGAGUCUUUGUAACCCCUUCAUAAUUUGAGUUUACAGAGGACUUUAUUUAUAUGCUGAUCAACAUUAAAACCACCUGCCUGGUACUGGUGCAUUGUCCUGCUGGUGUAGGCCCCAGUCAUUUGAGAGUGCUGUUACCAUGGGGGGUGUGCUUGGUCUACAACAAUGUUGGUGGGUGGUACGUGUCAAAGUAACAUCCAGAUGAAUGAAGGACCCAAGGUUUCCCAGCAGAACAUUGGAUUGGAACCAGAUGAUCAAUAUUGUUCACGUCACUUGUUAGAGGUUUAAUGUUGGAGCUGAUCACAGUGACUCUACAUCACUGUGAUCUUCUGUACCACCAAUAAUCAACUUCCAAAAUAAAGCUUUAAACAUU